AUGUAAAAUAAAAUUGAAAAAAAAAAGAAAUAUUUUGAAUGGCUCUUUUAAAAUAAUAGAUCUUAACAUUUCUAUUCAGGCUAUAAACAAAUAACUGAAGAAACGGGUCAAUAAUUGUUUUAGUAUAAAACUUAAUUACCCAGCGAUCAACUUUCAAUACAUGAUUAAGAAUCAUUUUUGACUCAUGAUAAUUUUGAGAUUCCCCAUUUUAAUUGGAAGUUUUUGAGUGAAACAACAUUCUAAAGCGCAUAUAUGAAAAUUGAUGAAGGAAAUUAGAUAGAAGUUUACUCUAAUACAAGAGAAGAUUAAGUAAUAUUUUUUGGAAGGUAUCAAAAUCAUAACAAAGAUGGUUUAUGGUAAAUUUAAUAUUGUUUGAAGUAAUAAGAGGAGUUUUUACCUAUGUAAUAGAUUUUCAAAUUAAAAUAGAGGAGGUGGGUUAUAUAAGAAUGGAGUUAAAAUUGA